AUGACUGAGAAACCCAAUAUAGGAAUGCUUCAGUUUCGAACUACGUGGGUACUGCGUAACAGAAAACCUCCGGAAAAGUACGAGGGCGAUAGAACCUUGUCUGAACAUCUACCAACACUUGUUUUCCAUAAUACUUCUGCUAUAGCUCCUCCUGGACAUACAGCUAAGUGUGUGCUAGACACGCGGCGGGUGCUGCUAAUGUGGGUUCAUCACGUGUCGAUAUUUUUUCCUGGUUAUGACGGUGCUGGGGUACCAACGGAGAAAGCACUUAUAAGGCAUUACCGUGAUCUUGCUGACGACAAUUGGGGAACAACAUGGAUACAUGAAGUCGAGAAAUUCGGCAAUUUUACUAUGACGAAUUAUCCAGAAAGGCUGAUGAGGGUAUUAUACGCUAAUGUUAAAAACCGUCUUUCACGAGUUUAUCGCACAUUAUGA